CUGAUGCUGCCGUAUCGGAUGAGGAGGAGAAGAAGAAGGGAGAGAGAGAAAAUAACGUUUUUUUUUUGCGGCCAGGAGGGAGGCUAUCCCGUGACGGAUUGUGGAUGCAAAGAACUUCGACAGACAAGCAGAUAUUUUUGGAAUCGCUUCUGAAGCUACAUCUUUCUGCACAAGGACGCCGGAGAAGGAUGAAUCUUGGAAGCAGCGGUGGCAGGAGCACGAGCGGGGAUGGUGUGAUAUGUCCAUAGACGGCGAGGGAGGGAGGGGAGAGAGCAAGGGAAAGAAAGAGGAGGGAGGGAGGAGAGUACUACGCCAGCUAAAGAUGCUUUUUUGUAGAACCACGAUGUAUUACAACCAUCCAAUCGAGCGUUUCACAUAAUAGAGAAAACGAUUAUUUCUCGAAAGAAAAAUACAUUUUGGUCUGAACGGAAACGCAAGGUGAAAUUGUUGACAGACGUUGACUGGGGAAUACAGAUUGAGAGAAGUGUAGGCUAGUCCGAACGGGUGCGGAUGGCAGGGUGGCUGUUUUGACGCUCUUGUUCCCCUCUAUUUCCUGAUACCAGGCCCUGGGAUAAUCCGAAGAGUGCACCGGAUAUUGGGAAAAACCACCCCUCUGAGGCUAUAACGGAAUAUUACUAUUCAUAUAGCCUGAAGGACGGAGCAGAGAGACGCUACAUACCAAAAUGGGGCAAAAAGAGGUGGAGGAAGACAAAACAUAUGUUACGAUGAUAAGAUUCUUUACAAAUGUCAUUAUUAUGUUAUUAUAGCGAUCACUUAUGACAGUAUCGGGUGUAGGCUACGAGGUGCAGAAUUGUGUGCAAUCUAGCCGUUAAAUUGAUCCUAUCAGAUGAAAUAGUUUUUGAUAGGCUAUUCUAUCUGUCUAUACCAAUAGUAACAAUAGGACACAUUUAUUUCGUCUAUUGUUAAUAAUAAUUGUAAUUCAUAAUAACUUCCGUUAUUUUGGACUUCUGAAAUAUGCACCUGUCAAAAUCUCCAUACGAGUUUCCCUCUUCCACUUUCUAACGUCCCCGUAUUUCAUUCCUGUUUAGUCAAUUCACGGUCGUUGAUAAUAAACUGAGUUUACCGAAUUUAUAUGACGGAAAGUGUAUGCAAUAGCCGCAUAGAAAAAGGCAAGUGCAUGGGAGUAGCCUACCCGAGACUAUAGGCCACGAAAUUGUCAUCACGACUACAACCGCUCUCUCCAUUCCUCCCUGUGACCACAUCGCUAGGCGUCUGUAAUGUUGUUACGGCGGAGCCGUUCUGCAGCGAGGAAAAGCAAUACAUUCCUCCCGAGAAAAACUGCGAGUUGAUCUCCUUAUCAUCACAUCAUUUCGCUUUCAACGCACGGACAUCAUGACAAGCAAGGAGCUGUCGCUAGGCCAGUCGGCCCAAUACGUCGGGCCUUACCGGUUGGAGAAAACCCUUGGGAAGGGGCAGACGGGUUUGGUGAAGCUGGGAGUCCACUGUAUCACGGGACAGAAGGUGGCCAUAAAGAUUGUGAACCGAGAGAAGCUGUCCGAGUCCGUCCUCAUGAAGGUGGAGAGGGAGAUAGCUAUACUAAAACUAAUAGAGCACCCUCAUGUGCUGAAGCUGCAUGAUGUUUAUGAGAAUAACAAAUACCUGUAUCUGGUGUUGGAGCACGUCUCAGGAGGAGAGUUAUUUGACUACCUGGUAAAGAAGGGCAGACUGACGCCUAAAGAGGCCAGGAAGUUCUUCAGACAGAUCAUCUCAGCGCUGGACUUCUGCCACAGCCAUUCGAUAUGUCAUAGAGACCUGAAGCCUGAGAACCUGCUCCUGGAUGAGAAGAACAACAUCCGCAUCGCUGACUUCGGCAUGGCCUCCCUCCAGGUGGGAGACAGCCUGCUCGAGACCAGCUGUGGAUCUCCUCACUACGCGUGUCCAGAAGUUAUCAGAGGGGAGAAGUAUGACGGUCGCAGGGCAGAUGUGUGGAGCUGUGGCGUCAUCCUCUUUGCACUGCUGGUGGGAGCUCUACCCUUUGACCAUGACAACCUGCGCCAGCUCCUUGAGAAGGUGAAGAGCGGGGUGUUCCACAUGCCCCACUUCAUCCCGCCAGACUGCCAGGCCCUGCUUAAAGGAAUGAUCCAGGUCAACCCUGACAAGAGACUCACGCUAGAAGCAAUACAAAAACACUCUUGGUAUCUCGGUGGUCGUAACGAGCCGUGUCCGGAGCAGCCUCCUCCCAGGCGUGUGUGUGUGAAGAGGAUCGUGUCGCUGACCGAGCUGGACCCUGAUGUACUGGACAGCAUGCACUCGCUGGGCUGCUUCAGAGACCGGGGGAAACUGACCCAGGACCUGCAGUGUGAGGAAGACAACCAGGAGAAGAUGAUCUACUACCUCCUCUUGGACAGGAAAGAGCGUUACCCCAGCUGUGAGGACGAAGACCUGCCGCCCAGGAACGAUAUAGGUCUCCCAGCAGAUCCCCCUAGGAAGCGGGUGGACUCUCCCAUGCUGACCCGUCAUGGCCGGUGCCGGCCGGAGAGGAAGAGUCUGGAGGUGCUGAGUGUGACGGAGCAGGGCUCCCCAACACCCACGCGCAGGGCGCUGGACACCUCCGCACACAGCCAGAGGUCUCGUUCAGUCAGUGGAGCUUCAACAGGACUCUCGUCAAGUCCUCUCAGCAGUCCCAGGGUCACCCCUCAGGGGUCUCCACUCCCCACCCCCCUAGGCACCCCCGUCCACCACCCCCAGCACCCCCCACCCACCCCUCCCUCCUCCUCCUCUUCCUCCUCCUCCUCGCGGGCGGAGGGAGGCUGCGGGGGUGUGGGCGGGGGUGGAUCCCUCUCCCUAACUCCACCCUCCAGCCCCGGAGGCAGCGGGGGGAUGGCCGCCAGUAGCUCCGCCCACUGGAGGACACGCCUCAACUCCUUCAAGAACAACCUGCUGGGUUCGCCACGCUUCCACCGACGCAAACUGCAGGUUCCAACACCGGAGGACAUGUCCAGUCUAACUCCAGAAUCAAGCCCAGAGCUGGCCAAGAAGUCGUGGUUUGGGAACUUCAUCAACCUGGAAAAGGAGGAACAGAUAUUUGUUGUCAUUAGAGACAAACCGCUUAGUUCCAUCAAAGCUGAUAUAGUCCAUGCCUUCCUGUCUAUCCCGUCCCUGAGUCACAGCGUCAUCUCCCAGACCAGCUUCAGAGCAGAGUACAAGUCCUCUGGUGGCCCCUCCGUCUUCCAGAAGCCUGUUAAGUUCCAGGUGGACAUCGCCUUCUCUGAGGGAGAGAGGGAGAGAGAGAGGGAGAGAGAGAGGGAGAGAGAGAGGGAAGGAAAGAGGGAAACUGGCAUCUACAGCGUGACGUUCACCCUUAUAUCAGGUCCAAGUCGCAGGUUCAAGAGAGUGGUGGAAACGAUUCAAGCCCAGCUACUGAGUACUCAUGAUCAACCAUCUGUGCAGGCACUGGCUGAUGAGAAGAAUGGGCAGCUGACCUCGCGUCCGCCCGGCACCCCGACCCGGCAGAACUCCCGACGUUCGGAAGGAGGCGGGGACCGGGGCGAGAAGUGUGAGCGCGGUGACACAGGGAUAGGGGGCAGCGGGAGCGUGCUUCAGAGGAAGGGCUCGGGCAAAGACAAGACCAGACUCCUUUCCUCCAACGGGACACAGUCUCAGCCCUGAGGGAACAUUCUGGAAACAGACGUCAACAGAACCGGAUAGGGCAGACCGUUAGAGAGGGAUGACAUUAGAGAACAACACAGACAAACCCCCUCAGACUACCACCAUCACCACGACCACAUCUACCGAACCACCUGACCCAGCAAUCGUCAUCACAAACCACUGCUUCAACUUGAAACGGGCCCGACGAGAUAGUUGGCCCAGCCAAGAUAGGAGAAAAGAAAAGAGCAGACGAGAGGAAAAACGCAGUGUCUCUCAUAGACUCGCUUCAGAAGAGGAGCCAAGAUCAGAAAAAUGUCUCAUUGUACAUUUGAAGUACAACACGUCAUGCAACGGUCAACAACAAUAUGGAGCCAGUAAAAUAAUCAGGCAGACUUAUAUGGGGAAAGGCAGGCUCUGAAUGGUUAAAGGAUAAAGUUAUCCGGUCUACAACCAAUAAGAUGAAAACUAUUGUGGAAUUUCAGAAAUAAUAUCACGAAUUAUAACAGUGUUUCCCAGUUGAUGCGGAUCCACUUUUAAGUUUUACCUAACAUCGGUUUUUUUUUGUUGGGGGGGGCAGUGAGAGUGAAAUAUUACGGGUCAAGUCAAUUUAGUGGCUAUCAAGGAAACGGACAGGUUGGGUCCUUUCACUGGAUUCUCAGUAACGAUAAGUUACGAGAGCAGAAACAUGGUGGAAUUUAAGAUAAGGAUGAGGAAGACUGCAUCAAAACCAGAGUGAAGCGUCCAAAUGCAUCUUUGCAUCCAAGUAGCUCCAAAGACGUCAAUACAGCUAUUUGAACAAAAAUAAAGACAAAUAUCUGUUUUCUCUACAACUAAGCAGGACAAUUGUAUGAUUCCUAGAAUACAAUUGAAACAAACUUAUGAAAACCACCUUGCCUUGAAAUGAGGAUGCAGCAACCGAUAUCUCCUACGGAUAUCACCCAAGUUGAAAGGGGAAAAAGAACAGACAAGGCACGGAAGAAAGUCUCAACGCCCCCCCCACUACAACUGACAUCUGGAACACGGAGAGAUUUCAAAACAGAGAAUGGAACGAUAUACUUGGAAUCGUUCGAGUAAUCCUCAGCAGAUCCUCAGAAUGACGUGCACAGACGAAGAUGUUGUGGUCCACAGGAAGUCCAAAACCUUUCAGUAGAGAAUCGAUUCAUCUGGUUUAGUUGUCUCUAUGGGGCCAAGCCUGUGGUGUUCACUCCAAGAGGACUGAACCAAGCCCUCCACAUCCAUUAUUGUCUUCUACAGAAAACAACCGACCCUCCCUCCCUUACGUUCCCAAUAUGGCCGACAUGGGGCACUGAAUGAUGCGGCUUUUGAAAAGGCCCUCGACACCUAAACUGAUUUGUUCUGUUAAGAGAGCAGAAAGAGGGAGGGAUGGAGGGGAGGAGGUGGAAAAGCUUGUUUCAAGAAACAAAAGAGAGAGACUGUCUUAAGGAUGACAGAGAGAAAGACAUUGAAUCUGAUGCACACUCAUUCUCAGGAGAGGAAAGAAACAGACCACACACACACAAAAAGAAUGAAUUCCAUUUAGCUUUUUGUUUCCUUUUUUCCUUUUGUUUAUGUGAUUUGAGCGCAAAUGAGUUUGAUGUUUGCCGCCAACAAAAUGGAGGAUAACGCUAACCAAGUGAAUGUCAAAAACAAAAAACACUAUUGUAAAAGUAUUUUAUUUUAUUUAUGUCAUAGAUUUAUUUAAUAUUUAUUUAUGUAUUUAUUUGUUGAGUUAUAUAUUGUAAAGUGGAAAGAUAGUGGAAAGGGAAGAUGCUGACAAGAAUAGAGGGGAAAGUUCUGUUGGAAUAUUGGAACAGCAUUGAAACUGACAAAAAUGGCUGCUGUAGUUGAAACCAGAUUGAACCCUCUUUUCCAGAGCAGGACAGAAAACAACCUCUUGUCCAUUAAUUCCUCAAUGUUUUAGAAACCAAUGCUGCAAAAAUCCUUCCAGAUCCUUUUGAUGUUGUGUCUUUAUUGUUGAUUUGUCUUUGUUUGGUAUAAUGAAGAUAAUUUCCAAUUUAAAGCAACAAAACAAAGCAAAAACAAAACACAUUUUAAGAAAUGAACCAAGGAUAGAUUCGAUGCUUUGGGGAUUUCUGGGAUGGCAAAAAAAAUAUGAAAAUCUUCCAUGAAGUAAAUAAAAAAAUGAUCUCGUAGACACUUGAAAAAGCAGAGGAGAGCAGGAAAGGGUGGGGGUAGUAAUCUCCAAUUCCUUCUCUGUCAUAUUCUGCUAGAAUGUUGUUACUUAAGGGUACAAAGAUAUGGACACGCCACAUAAAAACACUGACUGAGGGCCCAACCCCAUGUGCAGAACAUAAACAGCAUUCACACACACACACACACACACACACACACACACACACACACGGACCCUUCAAAAACAGAAACCCUCCUGUUCUUUCAGAGAAAAAAAAAACAACAAUUAAAAACUGGACCUUAACAUUGGAACGCACUGUCCUAAAAGACACAAAACAAAUAGUGAUUUCCUUCUACCAUCCCUUCGCCCUUGGCCACUGCCCUGCCCCCUCCACCUCCUUCAUUACGACCCCCCUCAUACCCCUUCCCCUUGCACAGAGCACCAAAAGAAAACGCAGGUUUCGUUCUAGUCCCUCCCUAGUCCCUCGUCGUCAGUCGACACCUAUGAUCAGCCUCACGCGAUGGCUGUGACCACGACACAGUAACUAAGACUCACCGCAGCACGGUAUGCCGCGUCCCCAUCGUCACACUUCAUAUCAGUCAGAGUCAACACACUGCUACACGACUCCUCGUACAGCAAACAGGGCGAUGCUGUAGCUAGGAGACGCAGGGCAGUAGGUUAUUGUAACGCUUUACUUAGCGUACUCUCUGUCUAUAACGGCUGUACUGUAUCUUCACUGGUGUGAAACGGCCAUUUACCACGAAAUACGAAAAGAGUGGGUGGCAGUCUUCCUCUUUUUCCUUACCUGAGGCUCGUCUUGCUCAACCCUUCCACACAGCAAAGAACAUGAUUAUGGCUUGUUGACUUUUAGUAGCUCACCUCUCAGUGUAGCUCACACCCUUCACUCAAGUCCUUUUUGGCAGGAAUCAUGUACCCAUUUUCCUAAUAUCGUGCCGACUCGAAACGUACUGUGCUGUCUGGGAUAUUUUCCUUUCACAUUGUCCUUUCCAGCAUGGUGGAUGUGUAACCAUGCUAGCCGAGCUAGUCGCCAGUGAAAUGCUGCAUGACAUUACUGGAAAGCAAUGUAGUGGAUGAUGACUGAAUGUUUAUUUUUAUUUUUUUACUGCAUUCAUUUAGGUGGCAUAUGAAUCUAGCACCGUCCUGCACAGAUUAGUAGUAGUAAGAGUUUGCAUAGCCAAGAAUGAGUUUGGGCGCCUUAAGAUGAUGCGUACGGAGGGAGGUACAUGCCUGUUAUACUUGCUCGACCUGUCCGUUUGUGUGGCCCGUCCGAGAACCUCAUCCUACCUACCCCCCCCCCCCCCCCCCACCCCCCACAUUCUAAUGCUAGGUCAGGGGUCAUGUGAAUGGGAGCGAGAUGUGACACAAGACGACCCCCACAGUCUUUCAUUCUCCAUGACCCUGUGCUAAAAACCAGAGAGGGAUCGUGGGAGACAGUGUUACCCCUACCUUUGUAUGGGUGGGGUAGGCCUCUCCCUGCCUAUUUCUGCUGCUCCACGUCUAAAAGAGUUUGGCUUCUAUUGGUUUCAAUUGGUGUUGUUGAGGCCAGAGGGCCUGGACGUUGCUGUUACUGAGAGCUUUGACGCCCCGCCUUGUCUCGCCUGAAAACAAAAACUAGGGGAAAAACUGGCUGGAGACACAACUAGAGCGAAACCCUUCUUAGACAUUCUGUGUAAAUAACCGUUCAGAGUAAAUGAUGGGAUGAGGGGGAGACGUUUGACCCCCUCAUUGCGGGUGAAUCUCUCCAACCACCUCAACUCCCUCCUUGCCCCCUUCCUACACCCUCAUUAUAUCUCUUCUUGAACCCCCCCAUCCUCUCAUCCAGAUGAAAAUACCUCAACCCCAGCCCAUCCUUAUAUAAUCACACCCCUCCCCAUGUGUCUGUCCAUUGUAUACAGUAUGAAACCAUGUCUUGAUUCUUUAUUCACACUGUACUCACAAUAUGAUUAUUGUUGUCAUCAUUAUUGAUCAUUCCAAGAUUGUAAAACUGUUAUUCCCCCCUUCAUACACAGUAGAACAAAACAAUUCUUAAAAAUUCAAAACAGAAAUUUGGGGGAAAACAACAUGAAGAGGAGGAUUAAAUAAGAAAUGUCUGUAUUAUAUUAAAAAAAAUGAAAGUGCACUACUAUGAUUAUUAUUAUUGCCUGUUAUAAAUAAAGAACAAUAAACUACAUCAGAA